AUGCCAGCCAAAAUGAUAUUGCACGACACUGGUAAAAAGGAUAAAGAAGAGCCGCCGAACCUUAACAACAUUCGCGGUUACUGGCAAAAGAUCGUGGGGGUAUCAAAACCCUUUAACUCAACGGAUAGGGAUCUUGUAGCGUGGAAGCAAUCACUCACACUGCAACCGGAAGAAGACGACUUGAAAAAGCGUUUAAGCCGAGAGCUGUGGGAUGCGGUUGUGAGGAAGGCCAAGCCCUGGAAAGCGCACGGACCCGACGGGUUACAAGGGUUCUGGUGGAAAGCAUUCAAAUCAGCUUGCGGAGUUCUAUAUCAACUAGCCCGCUACCACCUAACCACGGGAAAACCGUUGCCGAUAGGGUGGCUAACAGAUGGUAGAAUCGUACUCAUAUAUAAAGCUGGAUCUACUAACGACCCAGCUAACUACAGACCCAUAGCAUGUCUCAAUACGUGCUAUAAAAUGCUAACAGGUUUCAUCACGGCGUACUUAAACAUCUACGUCAAAGAGCGACAUGUUCUUCCCGAAGAGCAGAUAGCACUGCGAUUUCCUACGAUUGACGGAGGAUCUCUAUACAAGUAUCUGGGAAUGGAGCAAGCAAUUGGAAUAGGAGAAUCGGAAGCCUGGAAACGGGUGGAAGAGAGGUGCUGUAAAACCGCAAGGCAAAUAUGGAAUUCUGAUCUAACAUUCAGACAGAAAGUAAAUGCAUAUAAUACAACACUCAUACCUGCCUUAACCUACGUAGUAGGUAACAUCAUUAAAGGUAAGGGGACAUAUGCAAGUGUUCUAAAACGCGGCAAUAAAUUUGACAUAAAAGUUCGGAAGAUCCUUGUUGAACUUAAAUCGAGAUACAAAGCCGGUUGUGUAGAACGCCUCUACCUAUCAACUGAGCUAGGGGGUUGUGGUCUGAAGUCCGUCAAAGAUUCCAUUAUGGAAGCGACCAUAUACUCCUGGGCGUACCUUUGCACAAAAUCAGAACUGAGGAACUCGCUCGGUCUCUUUGCGGAUAUGUAUAUACGGAAGAAACGAAGUGUGAUUAGUGAUGCGGAAAAGGUAAUGGUAAAACAUGGCAUAGUUGCAACUCUGGAACCGACCCUAUCUAUCGUCAACAUCAACGGGGUGCGGCAUUCGGAUGGAAGAACACUAGCGCGCUAUGUCGUGGAGUCGAUACGAGCAGGCAACAACAUCAGCCGGCGCGGCUCAUGGGGGGCAAAGGUAUUGGCGUGGCGUGUAUUACAUGAAGCCAAAAUUGAUGGUAGCACAUCCUUUACGUGGCUAAAGGACGGAAAACUAUCGUCAAUAGCGGUGAGGAAUGUAUCAGCAGCGCAAGAGGGUUGUCUCAUCACAAGAACCCAUCCUAGCUGUAAAAGCCAAGGCAACUUACGUUGUCGAGCUUGCGGUAACCCUAGAGAGACAAUCGAACAUGUGACGACGAGCUGUUCGAAGUGGUUACCGACAUUGUACAUAGAUCGCCAUGACUCUGUAGGAAGGAGCCUCCACUACAGAAUAUGCGAAAAAUAUGAUCUCGCACCGCCGCACUAUUCACAACGAGUGGAAUCCGUAAUGGAAAAUGAAAGUAUUAAGCUGUACUGGGAUCAACCGGUACAGACUAAGAAACUCAUUAAGCAUAAUAAGCCUGACAUAGUUCUCUUUGAUAAGAGUGGCAAAACUGUCACUAUUCUUGAAGUCGCUGUGUCGUGGUUUACUGGUAUAGGGAAGCAAAUAGAGAUCAAAACGAACCGUUACUGUGUCAAUGGCAAUUGGGAGGAUAAACUUAACCCGCCUUAUCCGCCGGGAGACAAUUUACAACGUGAACUGGAAAUCGCUGGCUGGAGGGUUACAUUUUUACCUGUUGUUAUAGGCGCUUGUGGCGAAGUAGUACCGGGCUUGAGAGAUCAGUUAAGUCAAGUCUUGGGCAUUGACAAUAAAAAAGCGGAGGAUUGUAUCGAGAGAAUGCAAAGAAGCGCUUGCUUGGGAACGAGUAGGAUCAUCAAGAAUCAUCUGGCUAAGACAGCAUAG